AUGCCUCCACCGCGCGCGACGCGUCGCGGCGAGCAAAACGACCCUCGCCAGCUCGCGCGGCUCAAUGCGCUCGCGUACGGCCAGGACGACGAGGCGUCGGACGACGACGACCGGCGGCUCCCCGCGUCGCCCUUCCACGCCGCCGGCGCGCGGCCGCUCGAGGCCGGCGCGCACCGGCUCGUCGUCUCGCGGCGCGGCGAGGAGCUCGCCGCGGCGGCGUUCGACGUGCCGCCGCCGCCGCCGCGGCCGCUGCCCUGGGCGCGGCUCCCGGCGCCGCGCCGCGCCGCGCUCCUCGGCUGGCUCGACGGCUGCGGCGCGACGUGCGUCGUCGACCGGUCGUGCAAGGUCGAGCUCCCGCUCCCGCGCGCCGCGCCGGCGCCGCCCGCGACCGCGCCGGCGCUCGGCGAGCUCGCGGCGGCCGUGGACGCGGCGCGCGGCGCCGUCCUCGUGCUGCCCGGCUUCGUCGACGCCGCGGAGGCGGCGCGCAUCGUCGCCGCGGCCCACGACAUGAACCUGGACAUGAAGGCCGCCAUCGCCACGUCCAGCGCGGAGCCGCCCGUCGCCGAAGUGAUGCAGCGCCUGCUCGACAAGUACGCGCGGAUGCGCGGCCGCGCCGCGUCACCGCUUCCGUUCAAUCGCGUUGGCGUGCAGUCUGUCAUUCCAAUAUCAUAUCUCUUCGUCGUAUAUUUGUUCAUGGCGGAGCAACCUAUUUUGUUCAUCAGUGGCUGCGCGUACUGGCAAGAUACUGGGGGGCGCUACCUGCUUGCGCUGUUUGGCGAGUAUGCAUGCUCGUGGCUCUUUUGUGCUGUGCGGCCGACCUGA